AUGGCUGAGUUUUUAGAGGCUGAACGUCUGGAGCCCAGGUGCUGGGCAAUAAACGCCAUCUUUCUAGCCAAAUGCGAGUACGCAGGAUCGCGCUACUCUGAGGCGAUGAAAUGGCUGGAGGUGGCCGAACAACUACUUCUUUGCAAGGGUAACAGUGAUGAGAACAAUCAGGGCUCCGGAGGUGGGGAUAGCGAAGUGGAGAAGGGACUGGAGACGUCGAACAUUAAAGAUGCAGUAGUGGAAAGACCAGCUUUACUGGCGGAGAUUGAGACAUUGAAACCGCGUUAUCGCGCCUACCUGCCCAACUAA